GUAUACAUGAUAGCACGCCUUGAUAUAGCCCAAGAAUUGUGAAACGAAAUUCGGCUUUCUUGGGCGCGUAGGGCUACAUUGGCAGGCCUUACCUUAAAAAAAGAUAUAUCACUUUCACCCAACGAUGUGCGCCGGCAUUCGGUCAGCAUCAACGGCGGGCCUGUCGACGACGGCAAUGCAGCCGACUCGAGCGCUCAUUCUAUACUCGCACCUAAGGACGGCGCCUCGUUUCAAUGUGCUUCAAGAGCCUUGCUUGCGGAGUUUUGGGUCGGUGUCGGCGUUUUGGUCGCGCCCUAGUCAUAGUCGGCUCGUGGGUUGCAACGCCGCAGCGGGCGACGCCGCAGCAGCAGGCGGGCCCGUGCCUCUGCCGGGCCCGCCACAGGGGCCGGCGCCCUCCAGCCCUGCAGCAUCCACAUCAGAUUCUCAAAAUCUUAAGCACAGUCAUCCGACGCCAGCAGCACCUGCACCAGCAGCCUCAUUGGAACCUGCCUCCGCGGCUAGCGGCGCCGGCGUCAGCACCAGCACCAGCGCCAGCACCAGCGCCGCCAGUACCAACAGCAGCAUAGACAGCAGCGCCACCACGAACGGCAGCAGUGGCGGUGGCGCCGCGCCAUCAGCUGUGUCCACGGUGGUGGGCUGGCUGCGCAAGCUGGUGACGGAGCAGUACCUGCCGCUCAUGCUGCUGGCCGCGCUGGUGGCGGCGGCGCUGCAGCCGUCCUGGGGUCUGGCGGCCUCUAAGACGCAGCUGCAGACGGCGGUCACCUUCACCAUCUUCGUGCUGCAGGGAGUCAUGCUGCGGCAGGGCGAGGCGAAGAAGGCGCUUGGGGCGGCCGGCGCCAUCGCCUGGGGCAUGGCCUCCAUCCUCCUCAUCACGCCACUGCUGGCGCCACUGGCGGGGGCGCUGCCGCUGCAGCCGCCUGGACUGGCGCUGGGCCUGCUUGUGUUCGGAUGCAUGCCUACCACCCUGUCCAGCGGCGUGGCGCUUACACAGGUUCUGGGCGGCAACACGGCCCUGGCGCUGCUGCUGACCAUCGCCACCAACCUGGCCUCCGUGUUCACACUGCCCUUCCUGCUGCCCUGGGCGCUCAAGACGACCGCGUCGAUCGGAGGCUUUGGCGCCGCCGCCGCGGUCGCGGGCGGCUCCGCCGCUGCUGCUGUGCGGCUGGACCCCGUGCCGCUGCUGGUGCAGCUGGUGCAGUGCAUCCUGCUGCCCACACUGCUGGGCGCCGGCGUGCGGGGCGCCAGCGAGGGCCUGCGCAGCUGGGUGGAUGCCAACCGGCGCACACUGAGUGUCAUCAGCGGCGGCCUGUUGUCACUGGUGCCCUGGAUGCAGGUCAGCAAGGCCCUGGCUCAGGGCGUGACGGUGGCGCCGGCGGCGCUGGCGGCGGCUGUGGCCUGGUCGCUGGCCUUCCAUGUCGUGUACCUGGGGCUCAACUGCGGAGCCGCCACGCUGUUGAGGUUGGGCGGUUCUGACCCGGUGGCGGCGGCGGCCACGCGGCGGGCGCUGAUCAUUGUGGCCUCACAGAAGACUCUGCCUGUGGCCAUGGCGGUGCUGGGCCGGCUGGCGCCUGCGGUGGGCGCCGAGGCGGCGGGCUGCGCGGCGGUGACGGCUGUGUUCAGUCACCUGGCGCAGACGUGUGUGGACUUCGCACUGGUGUCCAGGUGGCUGGAGCACAUUCAGCGGCGAGACAUCAAAGCCAACAAGGCGGCCUAGCUGGAGCGAGGGGGCAUUUGCUGCACCUAGCUGGAGUGAGGGGGCAUAUGCUGCACCUAGCUGGAGCGAGGCGGCAUAUGCUGCAGCAGCAGGAGGCGCUCGCAUAGCUGGAGGAGGGCCUGUGCGUGGGCUCGGGAGGCACGAACCUAUGAAAG